CACAGUCUAAAAAGUCUAGCUAGAGAGCUUGAUUUUUCAAUGCUGUCCACAGUGGGAGUAACUGAGUAAUACACAUUUAUCGACUUCUUCCCAUCGUCUCCUGUCCUGCUCGUCUCGUCAAUUGGGAGAACUGGCUUAGUUUUCAUUUCUGAACAUUCAAAUGGCACCUUUCGUAGCACCUGGAGAGCCUCACGAAGGCAAUAAGCCAGAGCCAUUGGGAAACUUUGCCCUGAUAUUCAUCCUCACCACUUCGACGUUGUGUUUGCUUUACUUGCUUUGGCGUCGUGCAAGUGCCUUGCGUGCAGUAGUAUCACACCAACUACAAACGUGGACGAGGACGGAGGGCCAAAUUCGCCUAUCCGAGGACGACGGUCCAUCUGCUACCGAGUUCUUGGUUGAUGGAGACGACGAAGAUCUCGGGAUAAUAGAUGAUGGUGUGGUCCUGGGUCAGCGAGACGAAGAACGACUAAGAACUGAGGGGAUUGUCACCCUACCUUCUGUCCAGCCUGGCUCCCCCUCGUAAAACGCACGUCACCACUUUGUUCUACCUUGGGGACGAUAAUGCAUAUUAUCUAUUUUGACACUGGAUUAGCUGGCCUUUUCUAAAGUCUGUCAGUAUUCCAUAUUUCCGAGACAGCUAGUGGACCUUGCUUUUACUAUUGGCUUAUGCGAUAGCCUUCAUCAUGUGUCGAAAUUUCCCGUAUCUGACGUGCAGUGGUCG